UCAAGAGUUCAAGAUUCAAGAGCAACAGGUGUACUGCGUAGGUGUGUUCUUAAUGAACUAUGAUUGAAGUUAGUAUUUCUCUGAAUAUAUCGUUAUAAAUUUAAUGAUCACAUUCCAUAUUUCGUAUUCUUAUUGGUAUAAUUGUCGCUAAAGCUUUUCUUUGAUUUCGAACGUAUCAACAACGUCAAAACUGAUAAGACAGCUGACUGACAUGACAUUUGCGUGUGUUGAGCGUUUGACAGGCGCAAAAACUCAAAGACGCAUGAUCAAUUUUCUCUGUCCUUAUCCUUUAUAGAGAUUUACUCGGCCAUAUAGCAAAUAUCGAUUAUAAAAUAGGGCACGGGUCUGUUAUCUCUCAAAAUGAGGUGUUCAGUUGAUAUUUGAUUUGGAAUAAGAUGUUGGGGAAGGCCGUGUUAUGUUUGACCUUACAUUUGUAUAGUGUCGUAGCGCAGAAUGACUGCACGGACCUACGAGGGAGGUUGAUAAGUCACGGGUUGCACUAUGUGCCAGGGCCGGACACCUGUACGCUAUGCGUGUGCGACAACGGCGGGCCCAAGGCCUGCAAGGCCGUGCUGUGCUCGCCCCCACAGGACUGUCGAUCAUUUCGCGUCGGCAACACAUGCUGCGAGUUCAUCUGCCUAGACGACGUGGUGAAGCCCGCAGACGGGUCGGAGAGCAACCUGCGUAUGGCGGCCGGCGGUGCGGUGGCCGUCGCGCUCCUCACAGUCGCCCUGGUGGUGUACCGCGUGAGGAGGCAGAAGAGGCGGAGGCCGCCGCAUGCUGAUGACCAGAGGAGCCUUACGAGCAUUGGAUACAUCAGUGGCAGCAUGGGCUACAUGGGAGGAACUUGCGAAACAGCUUUAGCGGGCUGGAAACCGCCCGGCAAUUACCUACCCCGCGGCGAGGCUCCGCCACCCUAUGACGAGGCCAUCGCGCAAUGCUCCGAUGGCAUGAGAAUGAACACUGAAACGCCGUUUCACCGGACCUACCCAACCAACCUGGAGAGCAUGGUCCGACCGGACGACGUGAUGCAAUGUUCCGGGCACGGCUAUAUCAACAUCCCGCGGCCUGUGCAACAGAUGCCGAACCCGCAGAACUGCUUCGCAGCGCCGCUUCUACAGCCGCAUCCCGAACCACGCGAGCCUGUUAUGCACCACCCGCUGGCACCUAACACAGUGGUCGGGUUCCCGAGUGCGAUCCGGCUGACGGGCUCCUUGGGCGCCAUCAGCCACCGCGGCCUCAGCGUGAUGCAGCGCGAGCCCGAGCCCGAGCGCCCGCACAACGUGCCCGGGUUCUACACGAGCCCUGCCAAUUCCUCGCUACACCGCACCAUCCCGCGUAUCUCCACCGCGAUCGACACCACCAUCCUCGACACGUCCAUAGCCGGCUUCAACCGCUGCGAUCGCUCGCUUCACAGCGAGAUCCGACGCUCGUUCCACAAGCCCAGCGAGCGAGCCAUGGCGGACACAGGGCGGAGUAUGCCGAGGAAUCUCAACCUCGCUUCUAGCGGGGGCUCAAGAGCUCACAGCGAAGAGCACAACGUGGGUGGGAUCGAGCCCAAGCCCCUGAAGGCUGCAGGCAAACCGGCCGCGGACGUCGCUGGACCUCAAACAACGUUGCCGCUCACGGUUGAUAAGCCGUCGUGCGUAUGCAGCUAUUCGAGCGGCGCGCCGGACGGUGAACCGGACGGGCCGGACGACUAUCGCAGCGAGUGCGAGAACUGCAAGUCCGCUACCAGCUCAAGAUGGGUGCUAGACCCGUCGUGGCGCGACGAGGCGGACGAGGGCACGCAGACGCUGCAGCGGCGCGUGCCGCCGCCCGCACCGCCGCCGCCCGCCACCGCCACGCUGCCGCAGCCGGUCACCAAGCAGCGACCGACGGGAGGCCCGCAAUCAAACUGGGAGAACUGGUUCAACACCAUCCCCGACUCCGAUACUGAAUCCGAAGAAGAGUGAACAUUCCCCUCCCAACGUAAAUAUAACAGACCUUAUAUAUUUGCAAUAAGGUUUACGAAUUUUCAGAUAACAGUGUGGAUGACGAUAUACAAUAAGUAUUACAGGUCAACACUUGAAACACCCCGCGAGUUCGUGUACAUUUUCUUAAAUGAACUUACUUUAAACACUUAUAGAAUUCCAAUUUCAACUUCUAUGUAACGAAUGAGGGGUACGCUACACGAGUAAAACGUACCCGUAUCAAGCUCGAACCCAUUCCGCGAAAUACUAACACACAAUUUUUUUUACUUAUAACAAAUCAAACGAGCUUGAGAAAAAAGCGGCACUCCUUAAGCCAAGGUUUGUGCGCACGAUACGGUGAGAUGUAAAUCAUCCUUUAAUCUAUAAUCCAUCCUAGAGCAUGCCAAGAAUGGUAACCACAGUAAAUACGGUGUGAUCCUCGUACUCUCUCUUGCUCGUUUUCUUUAAAUGUCGUAAAGACACAAUACAAAUAUCCCACUUUUAACGAUUUGGGAUCUGUUGCAGCUCCACUGCAGUGAGUCUUCACCUUUUAGAUCUACAGAGAAAGGACGAUGAAAAUAGGUCACAUUUUAAAGAGAUUUCUAUACAACGUCACCCAUUUUCAUUGCUGUUGAGUGUUUUUACGCUAAAUACCGUCGCAGUAAGAUAUUUUUUAAACCUACGUCUAUUUGAAAAUAUGAGGAUCGAUAACCUUAUAAUCCAAGUCUUAUACUGUCACAAUAAGUGAAAAUAUGCAUUUGUUUUCACUAUUUUUAUAGUAUUUAAGAUAAUUAUGUUCAAAUAGUCUGGGGUUA